AUGGCCACAUCCCUCAAACCAGCCCCCACCAUUACUGUGUUCCGCGGUUUCCCCGAAAAAGGUUGCUACACCUGGUCGCCGUUUGUCACUAAGCUCGAGGCCCGGUUACGUUUUGGCAAUAUCAACUACAGCAUCGAGGCAGGUUCACCCCCAAAAGGUCCUAGGGGCAAGGUACCCUACAUCAAACUCGAGGACGAUGGCCAGUCUCAAUCUAUGUCCGACUCUACCCUAAUCGCAAAGUUGUUCAUUGCGUCUGGAUACCUAGAGGAUCUCAAUCACAGACUCUCCCCCGUGGAGAAAGCCCAAGACCUUUCCCUCAAGGCCCUGCUAGAGGAUAAGCUCUAUUUCUACCAGGGCUACGAGCGGUGGGUCGUAAACUAUUACGCCAUGCGCUCCAAAAUCCUAGCAAGCGUCCCCUGGCCUGUGCAGGUGAUUGUCGGCAACAUAAUCUACAACAAGAACGUCCGCAACCAGCAGGGUCAAGGAACAGGCAGCUUCUCUGGCGAGGAAAUCGCGAUCUUCCGGCAAGAAAUCUGGGAAUCUGUCAACGGGCUCUUAUCAGCUGCGCACGCCCAGCAUCAGGAUCGGGAAGGGCCCUUCUGGGUGUGGGGCGGCGAUGCCCCCACCGAGGCCGAUACAGUGGUGUUUGGCUUUGUGGUGUCAGGCCUGGUCUGCGGAGCGGCUCCGGAGACCAAGGAGAUUGUGAAUAGUUACCCGGCGCUGGUCAAGUAUGCUCGAAAGAUCCAUGAGAAGUAUUUCCCGGAUUAUCAGCUCUGGGAGUAA